AUGUCUGAAAUCACGAUCGAGCAGCUUCCGGCCAUUCCAGCCGAUGUGACGGUUGAGUGGCUGGGGAGCAAGCUUGGUCACAAGAUCAAAUCCAUUGAAAAUACGAGAAACGUUUGGGGAACGGCCAGCAAACUGUUCUACACAAUCACUUAUGAGGACGAAAGCACCGAGGACAGACCGGAGCAUAUUUGCAUCAAGGGCGUUUUCGAUCCCAAGUUGAUCGAAGCGCAGCCAUGGACUGUCAGCCUGGCACAGCGUGAGGCCGACUUCUUUUCAAAGGUGGCGCCUACGGUGACGAAAAUGCUUUUCCCCAAGAGCUGGUGGAGCGGCACGAGCGACAAGCAAGGUAUCGCCAUCAUGACCGACCUGAGCAAAGAGGGCAGUACCUUUCCCGCCGAGGUCGCCACCUACUCCGUCGACCAGGUCAAGAACGGCGUUGAGCAGCUGGCCAGUCUUCAUGCAGCAUACUGGGGUCAGAGCCAGGAAGACCAUCCAUGGAUCUGGAACAACUACGACCCGGCCAUGAAAUUCAUGUGCGUACCAUGGAAUGAAGUCGUUCGCCAGCCUGGCCGUCCCAAGCUUCCCGACCACCUGAUGGAUGGCGAGCGGUGCAACGAAGCCGUAGACCGAUACUACGCUGAGCGAAACCCUCGGUUCCGCACCCUGCUGCACGGAGAUACCCAUCUUGGCAACAUCUACUUCACUACUGAUGGGCGUACUGGCUUCUUGGACUGGUCUGCCUUCCACUUUGGGUCGUGCUUCCACGACGUCGUUUACCACAUGACCUCUGUACUGAGCAUCGAAGAUCGUCGUGCUCACGAAAUGGAGAUUCUGGACCAUUAUCUCGCCGCACUGCACCGACUUGGCGGACCCAAGUUUGACAGGCACAACGACCCGGAGGUGAUGAUCGAGUACCGGCGCUCCUUCAUGACCAACGUCAUCUGGAUCAUCUGCCCCGAUGGGCUGCAGAGCAAGGAGCGCGUGGAUCUCCUGUGCGAGCGUUCAGCUGCUGCUUACAGUGACCACAAGGUCAUCGAUGUCAUUCUGGGCCAGCCGAAGCCGAAGCCGGCUGCUUGA